GCGCACCCGCGGGGCGCCAAACGCGUCGGUUCACGAGCCGUUGAGUGGGGUGCCGCUUGGAGAGGCCGGAGGAGCCCCCGGGGCGCAGGUGGGGGCCGGCGCCAUGGAGCCUCCGGCCGCCCCUUCGGAGAGGAGCCUGUCUCUGUCCCUGCCCGGGCCCCGGGAGGGCCAGGCCACCCUGAAGCCGCCCCCCCAGCACCUGUGGCGGCAGCCGCGGACCCCUAUACGGAUCCAGCAGCGCGGCUACUCGGACAGCGCAGAGCGCGCGGAGCCCGAACGGCCGCCGCACCGGCCCAUCGAGCGAGCGGACGCCGUGGACACCAGCGACCGGCCCGGCCUGCGCACGUCUCGCAUGUCCUGGCCCUCGUCCUUCCACGGCAGCAGCAGCGGCGGCGGCGCGGGUGGAGGCAGCUGCAGGCGCUUCGAGGCAGCAGAGAAUGGCCCCACGCCUUCGCCCGGCCGCAGCCCCCUGGACUCGCAGGCGAGCCCAGGCCUCGUGCUGCACGCUGGGGGGGCUUCCAGCCAGCGCCGCGAGUCCUUCCUCUACCGCUCGGACAGCGACUAUGACAUGUCGCCCAAGACCAUGUCCCGGAACUCGUCGGUCACCAGCGAGGCGCACGCUGAAGACCUCAUCGUUACGCCCUUUGCCCAGGUGCUGGCCAGUCUCCGGAGUGUUCGCAGCAACUUCUCACUCCUGACCAAUGUGCCCAUUCCCAGCAACAAGCGGUCACCGCUGGGCGGCCCACCCCCCACCUGCAAGGCCACACUGUCAGAGGAGACAUGUCAGCAGUUGGCCCGGGAGACGCUGGAGGAGCUGGACUGGUGUCUGGAGCAGCUGGAGACCAUGCAGACAUACCGCUCAGUCAGCGAGAUGGCCUCGCACAAGUUCAAGAGGAUGUUAAACCGUGAGCUCACACACCUGUCAGAGAUGAGCAGGUCUGGCAACCAGGUCUCUGAGUACAUCUCUACGACGUUCCUGGACAAACAGAACGAAGUAGAGAUCCCAUCACCCACGAUGAAGGAGCGGGACCAGCCUGCGACGCCCUGGCAGCGGCGGCCCCCCCAGCAGCCACCACCCCCUGUACCCCACUUGCAGCCCAUGUCUCAGAUCACGGGUGUCAAAAAACUGACGCAUGGCAGCAGCCUUGACAACGCCAGCAUCCCCCGUUUUGGGGUGAAGACUGAUCAAGAGGAGCUCUUGGCCCAAGAACUCGAGAACCUGAACAAGUGGGGCCUGAACAUCUUCUGCGUGUCGGACUACGCGGGAGGCCGCUCCCUCAGCUGUAUCAUGUACACGAUAUUUCAGGAGCGGGACCUGCUGAAGAAGUUCCGCAUCCCGGUGGACACCAUGGUGACGUACAUGCUGACGCUGGAAGACCACUACCACGCGGAUGUGGCUUACCACAACAGCCUGCACGCCGCUGAUGUCCUGCAGUCCACCCACGUGCUUCUGGCUACACCCGCCCUGGACGCUGUGUUCACGGACCUGGAGAUCCUCGCCGCCCUCUUCGCGGCCGCCAUCCACGACGUGGACCACCCAGGGGUCUCCAACCAGUUCCUCAUCAACACCAAUUCGGAGCUGGCGCUCAUGUACAACGACGAGUCGGUGCUCGAGAACCACCACCUGGCCGUGGGCUUCAAGCUGCUGCAGGACGACAACUGCGACAUCUUCCAGAACCUCACCAAGCGCCAGCGGCAGAGUCUGCGCAAGAUGGUCAUCGACAUGGUGCUGGCAACCGAUAUGUCCAAGCACAUGACCCUCCUGGCUGACUUGAAAACGAUGGUGGAGACCAAGAAAGUGACCAGCUCGGGGGUCCUCCUUCUGGACAACUACUCCGACCGAAUUCAGGUCCUCCGGAACAUGGUGCACUGCGCCGACCUCAGCAACCCCACCAAGCCGCUGGAGCUGUACCGCCAGUGGACUGACCGCAUCAUGGCCGAGUUCUUCCAGCAGGGGGACUGGGAGCGGGAGCGGGGCAUGGAGAUCAGCCCCAUGUGCGACAAGCACACGGCCUCCGUGGAGAAGUCUCAGGUGGGCUUCAUCGACUACAUCGUGCACCCGCUGUGGGAGACGUGGGCCGACCUGGUCCACCCCGAUGCCCAGGACAUCCUGGAUACGCUGGAGGACAACCGGGACUGGUACUACAGUGCCAUCCGGCAGAGCCCUUCCCCACCGCCCGAGGAGGAGCCUGGGGGGCCAGGCCACUUCCCCCCACCUGACAAGUUCCAGUUUGAGCUGACUCUGGAGGAGGAAGAGGAAGAGGAGGUGAUCACAGCUCAGUUAACAGCCACGGCCCCAGAUGCAUUCACAGUGCAAGAACUGUCGUUAGCCCGGAAGGUGCCCACCGCGGCUGAAGACCCUUCUGCCAAGGUCCUGGACGCUGCUGCCCCAGCUGAAGACCCCGUGGAAGUCAAGGGCCAGGAUGUCUGCACAGAGGUAGAGGAGAGGUACUCAACACAGCCAGCAGACACGGUCAGGAUGGGGUCUGUGGGGCAGGGGCAGGACCAGUCUCUGUCCCAGGACACGUCCAUGGUUCCGGAUGCCAUAAGCCACAGCAUCUCCCCGGCCCUGUCCCCUGAGAGGCCCUCUCUGCCUGCCUUGAGGACCCCACUACCGGGCCUCCUGGGCCUCCCCUCCACACCAGCCGAGGUGGGGACCGAAAGGGAACAGCAGCAGGAUGCCAGGAGAGUGGGCAGUGCGCGCACGGGCACAGGUGACCAGGACCCAGCCACAUCUCUGGCUCCCAGCAGAUGGGGGCCAGGUUCUGGCCCCACCUGA